AUGGCUGCUUCGGCGACAUUCUCGCGACAGGUCCUGUUCGCCCUGGCAUUGCUGUGCGUCGUAAAGCUGGGCGCUGCUCGACCGCAAAAUGCAAUCGAUAAUCAGGAUCUGCCCGAGAUAAACCCGAGCGAGCUGCGGAAGCUCUACUCGAACUACAACUCGUACGUAUCGAACCAGCUGGACAACUAUGGACUGGAUCCGCUGCAGCUGCAACUGUUGGCCCAGUACGCCCAGAGCAACGCCAUCAGUGGCGGUGGCGGCGGCGGAUGGGACCAGCUGUACCGGGCGCCCGAAAUGAAGCGCCAAAUUCGGUACCGCCAGUGCUACUUUAAUCCCAUCUCCUGCUUCAAGAAGUAAGCGUUCCGGGCCCCCGUCUAGAAGUGUGAUCGCGCGAAAGUUGUGUUGAGCGGUGUGUGUGAGAUUGCAAAUGCUGCGAAAUGCUGUCCCCAGCGGGUCCUUCACAUUUCCACCCCGCCUCCAUCAAUCGCCCCCCGCUUUCCGGGGGGGAACACACCGGGAACCCAAUCUCCCGAACCCGAUCUCCGAAGAUGCUGCUGGUGGGUUUGCUGGUAGGAGGCUGAGCCUGCUGGUGACUGGCGGUGGCGGCCGGAUACGGAAGGAUCUGUCAUAUUUGUGGAUUAGAAAAACUAUAAGCACAAGAGAGAAAAAUUAUAAAAAAAAAACACAAAAAACAUUCAUAAAAAACCCACAUAUGCACACAUGUGUGUGUGUGUUAAGUCUUCUCCGGCGAUCGGUUGCUGCUAGCCUAUUAUUGGAUGUUGGAACAGGGACGGACGUUUAUUUGCAUGUUUAAACGCAAACCAACAUAUUUUAUUGGGACUGCGCAUCGGGAGUUUUGUGUCUGUGUUCGAGCAGGAAACAUAAAAGAAAACCAUAAAAAUAAUGCGCGCGGCCGCAUCCCAAAGCCCUAUUGCCAUGUUUCUCACUCUGUGAACCAUUGGAAAAUACCAUUGAAUGGAUGUACUAACCAGUAACCGUUACCUAGUUGUCUGUUGCGAAAACCGAGCGGUGACCAAUGCUUACCAUUUUCUCCUCGUUCUCCUCGUUCGGCGACGGAAAAGCGUAAGACAGGCAAACAGGAAGACAGGGGCAGGAAUUGAAAGUGAUGGCUCGGACCCUACAUAACCCUCUAUUAGCGUGACCACUGGCCUGGCAUGGCUCAUGUUUCACCGGAACGAGCCAAGCUUCCAGCAAGUUAGGAACCAAACUAUAAUCGCACACACACAUACACACAGAGAAAGCAUGAUCGAACGACGCGACCGACAGGACCGUUUGCAAGAGGAGGCCUCUUUUGAAUUCCCGAGAGCACAAGCAUUUAUGUUGCAUGCCGCGCCGC